AUGAGUGAUUCAAAAUUAGCAAAAAACAUUGGGACCUUUUUUGGAAACCUCAAUUUUGAGUCUUCAAAAGAAUACCUUCCACCAUCACUCACCAAAAUUAUCAAUAGUAAUUAUUAUUCCAAUGAUACAUUCUUCACUACAGCAGAGGCCAUUAAAGGGUUAAAUUCUGGAAAUGGGAAGGAGGUGUAUACUAUUUUAAAAUUUAUAGUUCGUCUAAUGUCCACGAAACAGAAGUGUGAACAUGUCACAGAAUUAUUACCACAUAUUAUCAAGAAUGUGAGCUCCGGCAACUUGAAGAUUCGGCGAUUGGUUUAUUAUAUCUUACUUCGAUUUAGUGAGCAACAACCUGAUGUAUCAUUAUUAUCAAUCAACACAAUGCAAAAGGCUCUCUCUAGUAAGAAUUGUAUAAGCAGAGCCUUAGCCAUAAGGUGUUUGAGUGAAAUAGAUAUUCCGUCUAUUCUUCCUAUUCUUUCACUUUCACUCAAGAAAACGGUCAAGGAUUCUUCACCCUUAGUACGAUCAGCCUCAGCAGUGGCUAUACGUAAUUGCUUUGAAUUGGACAAGGUAUAUUCCCAGGAGGAAAGAGCGAGUAUAGGUUCACUUCUAAAGGAUACAUCUUCACUGAGUUAUCAGCUUUAUAGCUACGUUGACGUAUUACUGAGUGAUAGUGAUCCUCAUGUUGUUGGAUCUGCUAUUCUUUGUUUUAGAAAGAUUUUUCCUGGAUGUUUUGAUCUGAUUCACCCAAAGCUUUUACAUCUUAUCACUAAGCUUGGAUAUUUGGACAAUUACUCUACUGUUGCUUUGUUGGAUAUGUUAACAGAUUAUGCUAAGCUAUUUUUUCCUUCAACAGAAGAAGUAAAAAGUGAAGAUGAGUUACCUACUGUGUUACGUGACUUGCUAUCACAUUUGGGUAUCUUGAUAUAUAGUGAUUCCGAAGCCGUUGUGCUUGCAGUCGCAAAAUGUGCAACAUGCCUUUUUCCAUUUGCCGUGGGCCAUUUAAAUAUUGUUCCUGCGUUAUUGAGGUAUGCGGCUGGAUCUGCAACUUCUAGCUUUGAUGAACAGCACAUGAGAGAAAUUGCCCUUUUUGAAAUUGAUUAUUUGCUUGGGAAAAGUUUGAUUACAUUAGAACCAUCUGAAAUUUCUACGUUCGUUCCUGUCACGCAUGACAGCUUUUUGGUAUGCAAACAGAAAUUAAAGAUCUUGUUCUCCAUGAUGUCCUCUAAAAAUUUCAAUUUCAUCUUUACUGAAACUAAGUUUUUUGUCAAUAAUACUGACAACAAUAUAUUAUUGAGAUGUUUUGCUAUAAAGAGCAUUACUAAAACAAUAAUGUCUGACUUAGAGUCCAAGCAAAAAUUCCUGAUUGUGCAGUUUUUAAUGGAUGAGUUGCACUCUUCUGAUGAUGAUAUGCUCGUCAGUGAAAGUAUAACCGGUUUGAAACAAUUGAUACAGAAUGAUCUUGUCAGUCAUAUUAAUGUACUUAUCAAAUUAGUUGGAAUGUUAUUGAAGAUUGAUAAUGACAAUGAUGGAGCUAGAGAUGAUUUGAGUAUGACAUCAUUGGCUAAAGCAUCCAUCAUAUGGCUUAUAGGAGAGUUUGCUAUUAAUUUUCCCGAUCUUUCUGAGAGCAGUGAGGCGACACAAGGAGAUGUGAUCAAAAUGAAUUCUUUGCAUGACUAUCUCCCAGAUGCUUUUAGAAUCCUAGUAUCACAUUUUAAAAAAUCUGAAAUUAUUGUGAAGCUAGCAAUAUUGGGCUCUCUUGCCAAGUCAGUAACCCGGAAUAUAUAUGCUUACAAAAAGGACGGUAUUGAGUUUACAUUAAACGGAAAUGCUCUUUUCAAGACUUUUAAUUAUGUGCUUCAGCUAACAAAGUAUGACCGUGAUGUAGACAUUCGUGAUAGGUCACGUCUUGUUGGAUCACUUCUUCCAAAUGUUGUGUAUUGUCCAGCCAAGCCAGCAAACUCUUCCCGGCUUGAUAUAGACAGCUUGCUUCAGGAUCCAAAUGUAUGUUCUUGGUGUCAUGAGAAAAUUAACGUCAUAGAUUUUGCACUUUACGCGUUUCAAAAUGAGAAACCUAAGCCUGCUGUUUCUUUGGACUCGCAGGAUUUAGACUUCUUUGAGUAUAUCAGAAAGUAUCAGGAAAUUACGCCUAGCCGUCUUGAUUCUUCCGACUUGGAGUAUUAUAAUGAACUAAGAUGUCAGAGCUUUGAGCUUAAGGAUUACGGUUUUGAUUCUAAUGCAAUUAGUUCUUCAUCCCUUAAUUCUGGACAGCGGUUAUCAAGUUCAAGGAUUUUUUCAUCGGGAUCAUCUGGGGUAGUGUCCUCACCGAACUUGGAUAACCAUCGAAAUGACACUCCACAACCUUCUUGGAAAAGUAGAUCUAAUGUUAACAAGUACCGACUUCAAACAUUAGAUGAUUUUCUUGGUGAUGGUAAUGAUGAUAGUAGUGACUCCACUUAG